GAGGGGUCUGUGCUGUGUGCAUAGCAGGCACUUGGGCUCUUGGCCUCUCAUAAUUAUUCUCUGUGUUGUGGACGUAGCAGCUGUCAGCUGUAACAGAGAAAUAAAUGAGUCAUCAGUGCAGAAAUAUACGUACAGGCAAAGUGAGGGCACUGCGAUACCAAUAGGCCGGGCUAACAGACUUCUCACUGGGACUUACUGGCGCAGGAAACAUCAGGAUCCCACAUCAAGGACACCUCCAACGCCGGAGCAGAAUCUGUUCCAAGAGCCCUUCGCUGCUGCUUUCACAUCUGCACUGUUCCCCACGAUGGAACACAACGGCACUUUCUUUCCUUGCAAUAGCCUGCAAGAUGAUGGGGACCUGAUGUUCCUCUUGAAGGGCAGCCAGCUGCUGAAAGUGAAGUCAGGCUCUUGGAGAAAGGAGAGGUUUUACAAGCUCCAGGAAGACUGCAAAACCAUAUGGCAGGAAUCCAAGAGGCUGCUGAAGUCUCCGGAAUCACAGCUCUUUUCCAUUGAAGAUAUUCGGGAUGUGAGGCCUGGUCACAAGACAGAGGGGAUGGAAAAGUACGCCAAAGAUGUCCCUGAGCAUUGCUGUUUUUCCAUCGUCUUUAAAGACCAGCGGAAAAACCUGGACCUCAUCGCCAAUUCUGAAGUAGUUGCCAACCACUGGAUUGCAGGCCUGAAGAAAAUCAUAGCCAAGAACAAUUCCAUGAGCCAGCGGCAGAAACUCCAGCACUGGAUUCACACCUGCUUGCGGAAAGCCGAUAAGAACAAAGACAACAAGAUGAGCUUUAAAGAGCUCAAGAACUUCCUGAAAGAAGUGAACAUUCAGAUGGACGACAGUUAUGCCAAGCAGAUCUUUCAGCAAUGUGACAAAUCCAAGACCGAGACCUUGGAAGAUGAAGAGAUAGAGACAUUUUAUAAGAUGCUCACUGAACGGAAGGAGAUAGACGAGAUCUUUGCAAAAUAUUCCAGUAGCGAAGGGAUCAUGUCCAGGGACAACCUGCUGCGGUUCCUCCAAGAAGAACAGCAGGAGAAGGAUGGUGACCCUGAAUCUGCAGUCUCCCUGAUUGAUAAAUAUGAGCCCAACGAAACAGCCAAGAAACAACAGAACUUGACCAAAGAUGGUUUCCUGAUGUAUCUGCUGUCUGCUGAUGGGAACAUUUUCAACUCGUCUCACAGUAAAGUUUACCAGGACAUGACUCAGCCCCUCAGUCACUACCUCGUGUCGUCUUCGCACAAUACCUAUCUAAUGGAAGACCAGUUGAGAGGGCCCAGUAGCACAGAGGCCUAUAUCAGAGCCCUGACCAAAGGCUGCCGUUGUGUGGAGCUGGACUGCUGGGAUGGUCCUAACUCAGAGCCUGUCAUUUAUCACGGCUACACGCUCACCUCCAAGAUCCUCUUCAGUGACGCCAUAAAGGCCAUCAAGAACUACGCCUUCAAAACCUCUCCAUAUCCAGUAAUCAUUUCCUUGGAAAACCACUGUAGCCUGGAGCAGCAGAAGAUGAUGGCGCAGCACAUGAAGCAGAUCCUGGGGGACAUGCUGCUGGUAAUGCCCGUUGAAGGGAAUAUAUCAGACUUCCCCUCGCCAGAGCAAUUAAAGGGGAAGAUCCUUGUGAAGGGAAAGAAGUUGAACAAGCUGGAGGACACCAUAGGGACGAAUAGGAACAGUGGCAUAGAGGCUGAAGAUGUCUCCGAUGAGGAUGAAGCAGCUGAAAUGGAAGAUGAGUUUGUGAAGAAGGAGGUAGAGCAGAAGAGGACAACUGCCACAUUAAAGCUGGCCAAGGAGUUAUCGGACAUCGUCAUCUACUGCAAGAGUGUCCACUUCCAUGGCUUUGACAGCAUCACCUCUCCCCGCCCCUUCUAUGAGAUGUCGUCCUUCACCGAGAGCAAAGCUCAGAAACUGGCGCAGGAGUUUGGAACCAGUUUUAUUCAUUACAACAUGAGGCAUUUGAGUCGGAUCUAUCCUGCUGGCUGGAGGACGGAUUCUUCCAACUACAGUCCAGUUGACUUGUGGAACGUUGGUUGUCAGAUCGUUGCCUUGAAUUUCCAGACGCCAGGCCCAGAAAUGGAUGUUUACCAAGGCCGAUUCCAGGACAAUGGAUUUUCUGGGUAUGUCCUAAAGCCAGACUUUCUUCGGGACAAGCAAUCCAAAUUCAAUCCAAAAUCCAUCACAGAAGGAGCCUGGUGGACACGGAAAAAACUCCAGAUAAAAAUCAUCUCCGGCCAGCAGCUGCCCAAGGUGAACAAAAGCAAAAACUCUAUCGUGGAUCCGAGGGUGACAGUCGAGAUCCAUGGGGUCCAGCGGGACAAUGGCAAAAAACAAACCAAAGUCAUUGAAAACAACGGGUUUAACCCGAAGUGGGACGAAGAGUUUGGAUUUGACAUUGACGUCCCUGCGCUCGCUCUGGUCCGUUUUGUGGUGGAAGACUAUGAUGCGUCAACCAAAAAUGACUUUAUGGGACAGUACACCAUCCCGUUUACCUGCCUAAAGCAAGGCUAUCGCCACAUUCAUCUUUUGACCAAGAAUGGGGACCCCUACCCAUCAGCCAUGCUUUUUGUGCACAUCAAUAUUCUGGACGCUAAUUAGAGCAGAAGAAUCCAUCUUUCAAGAAUCAAUGGACACUGCUACAUGCUAAAAAUGAAUCUGGAGACCAAAAUCUGCCCUCAGCCAUAUUCUAUGCAAUUCCCAAUGCCUUCUUAGGGCUUGAAAGUGGUAUGUCAGUGCAUUCCCACGCUGUUAAAAAUACCCUUUAUUGUGUUUGCACCCUCUGUUGAGUAUGCUGAAAAUAUUCUGACAUUGCUGUUGAAAUUUUUGUUAGAAUAUUCAAUACAAUUUGAUUUUUAAUGAAUUGUAAUUCUUACUAUUUUUACUCUAGUUUUUAUAGAGCAGUUUAGGGUUUUUUAAUGGAUUUUGGAUUUCGUUAAGGGUUUUCUGUUUGGUCACUGUGGGGCAGAGGUGACCCUGGCGUCUUUGUCAUUGUAAAGAUGCACAUCCAAACUUUGUAUAAGCAAAUAAGCCCUCAUCCAAAGGCCAGUGUUCAGAUACUGCUGGCUUCAGAUGAUGCCCAUACUCCACUCUUUUAAAUCCUAAUUUGACACACAGCGCUGUCCUCUUUACUACAGUAGAAAAAGCUACACUACAAAGAUCACUUUUAUUUUGUAAAUAAUGAAAAAUACAUUAACACUACUCCACUGAUCUACAUAGUUCUUGAAGUCAAUUUGCAUUCAGCAUGAACAAUGCUGAGUCUCAUUCUUCAAAGGAAAGAAGACGUUUCAAGUGGGAGAUUCUUUUUUAACCCAGGUUGAAACCCAUUUACGACCAAAGAGAAUUAAUUUCCCAGAAGACAGUGUAAGUGUAUUACAUGUAUGGAAGCUUGUUGUUUUUUAAUACACAAUGUAAGACGUUUUCAGUUUUUAUGGAAAAACGUUUUUUUCUAAUAAGGAGACUCUGAGGAAAAUCCAGUAGAAAGAAUAAUUGUAAACGUUUAUCUGUUUAUAAUGUCACUGGAUAGAACCGAAUAUCAAAGCACAGUAAAAAUAGGUAACAGGCUCACUAAAAAUGAACAAAGUAUUUAUGUUGUAAGGUGUGUGAGUUGUUUUGUUAGAGGAGUAAUGUUAGAGAGAAAAUAAUAUAUUUUCAGAAAUUGUCCUCACUUGUGUUACUGAUCAUACUUCAGACUAUUAAAAAGUCAGAAUUCUGAAAAA